AUCUAAUCAGAGCGAUAACGUUUUAGCUUCUAAAACGUAAGUAGAACAUUAAGAAUUGAGAAGUAAUUUUCACGCAUUUCCUUCAUUGAAAUAUUUCAAAGAAUAUCAUCAACACACUAAAAGCUGCAAAUUACCCUGGUUAACAAAUUUCGUGUUUGGACAAUAAACUUUGAAAAUUACCGACAGUUACGACGGAAUAACCGCUUACUUCAUACGCAGGUAUGGCGAACCUAGAAGGAAUAGAAUAUAACACAAAAGAACUCAUUACGAUAUUUAAUACAAACCAGGAAAAAAUGUCUUAUUUCUUGAAGAAUCAUCUUGAGCAACUACUUACUGAUUACCUAUAUUUUGUAAAACAACACGAAGAUAAAAGCACAGUGGAAAUUGAGAAGUUAAUAAACACGGCGAAAACAAAACUUCAAGAAUUACCAACAUACGAAGUGAUCAUCAACGAAAAUUUAAAAGAUGAAGAUUUAAUUGAAAUGAAAGAUUUUUUUUUGGAUAUCCACAUCAAACUAACUAAUAACAAAGUGCUAGACUACAGGAGUAUUUUCAACACAGCAGUCUACUACGGAAGUUGUAUAGAGAAAAGUUCAUACAGUUUUGAUAGCAAAGAACAAUAUGAUUUACCAAAAUUGCUCAAGUUUUUAUAUUUAUCUGCGGGCCCUCAGAAAGCAACGAAUAUUCUUUACGAAAACAAAUGUCAUUUGAAUAAAGUUUCUGAAAAUAUUUCGACACUUAACAUGCAAAACGUGGACCUAGCAAACGUAGAAAGAAUUCAGCAACAACUAGAAGAAGUCUUGGCGAAGUUAACAACCAUUGACAAGCUUUCUACGCAUACUAGUGACAAACUUGAUCAGAAUGAAACAACUGUCGACAGUUAGUUAGCAUGUUUUGGUGUAUAAUUUUACGAGUAUUUAUUUGUAGCUCAUAUUCUAAUAGAAUAAACCAGUUAUACAAUCA